UUUCCACGCUUUAAGGCUGGAUUCUAAGAUAAAGAUUAAACUGGGAGGGAUCAAAGACAGGCGUGGCUUACGGAGGGGGGAGGAAAAAGGAGCAGAUAAACCGGCCUGGCGAAAGUGCAGAGCAGGAGCAUCCGGCUCUCUCUCCGCCCCAACCGGAAGUUGCGGGACUGAAUGGAUCUCCGAGCCGGAGGCUGCACCUUCUCAGUCUUUAUCUGACGUUUUCGCUUGGCGGCCGCCAGGCUACCAGGUUCAUGUGGAGGCUCCCAGGCUCCCGCGCCGCGCUUCGUGGGGUCCGCACGGCGGUGGAGCGGCACACUCGGGCCGAGGCGGCGGCGGCGACGGAGACGGCGGCGGGCGCCAUGGAGCGCGCUGUAGUGCGUUGCGUGCCCUCGGAGCCUAAGCUAAGCCUGUCGUUCGCGCUGGCCGACGGCAGCCACAAGAACAUGCAGCGCGACCAGAGCGAGCCUCUGGGUCGGGCCCUCAGCCGCAUCGCAACCAACGCCCUCAAAGGCCACGCCAAGGCGGCUGCCGCCAAGAAGAGCCGGAAGAACCGGCCAAAUGCAAGCGGCGGCGUGGCCUGUGCGGGGCCGGGGCCGGGGCCCGGGCCCGAGCCGGCCGCGGCCUGCGAGCCCGUGGUGAAGCUGUACUACCGGGAGGAGGCAGUGGCGGAAGAUGUGCUCAACGUGGACGCCUGGCAGGACGGUGCGGUGCUGCAGAUCGGCGAUGUCAAGUACAAGGUGGAGCGCAACCCGCCGGCCUUCACCGAGCUGCAGUUGCCACGCUACAUCAUGGCCGGCUUCCCGGUAUGCCCCAAGCUCAGCCUCGAAUUUGGGGACCCCGCCAGCUCCCUCUUCCGCUGGUACAAGGAAGCCCAACCCGGAGCGGCAGAGCCUGAGGGCGGGGGCCCCUCGUCAUUGUCUCCCUCUUCACCCUCUCCUAGUUGGACGGAGACGGGUGUCAACGAGCGCGUCUACACGCCGUCCAAUGCAGACAUCGGUCUACGACUCAAGCUUCAUUGCACCCCAGGCAAUGGGCAGCGCUUGGGGCCAAGCAGGGAGUUGGAAAGCGUGUGUCCCGUGGAGGCUGGGCCUGGCACCUGCACCUUUGACCACCGGCAUCUCUACACCAAGAAGGUGACGGACAACUCUCUAAUCCGCACGGUGUCGUACAACCUCCUGGCCGACACGUACGCCCAGACUGAGUUUUCGAGGAGCGUCCUGUACCCGUACUGUGCCCCUUAUGCUCUGGAGCUCGACUACCGUCAGAACCUUAUCCAGAAGGAGCUCACCGGCUACAACGCUGACCUCAUCUGUUUGCAAGAGGUCGAUCGCAACGUGUUUACGGACAGCUUGGUGCCGGCCCUCGAGGCCUUCGGACUGGAAGGCGUGUUUAGAAUCAAGCAGCACGAAGGCCUGGCUACUUUCUACCGAAAAACCAAAUUCACUCUUCUCAGCCAGCAUGACAUUUCUUUCCAUGAAGCCCUGGAGUCCGACCCACUUCACAAAGAACUGCUGGAGAAGCUAGUGGUGUACCCAUCUGCGCAGGAGAGAGUGCUCCAGAGAUCGUCUGUCCUCCAGGUUUCUGUUCUUCAGUCUACAAAGGACUCUUCUAAAAGGAUAUGUGUUGCUAAUACCCAUCUCUACUGGCAUCCUAAAGGUGGGUACAUUCGUCUCAUUCAAAUGGCAGUAGCCUUGGCUCACAUUCGACAUGUCUCAUGUGACCUGUAUCCUGGCAUACCAGUUAUAUUUUGUGGAGACUUUAAUAGUACCCCAUCGACAGGAAUGUAUCAUUUUGUUGUCAAUGGCAGCAUUCCAGAGGAUCACGAAGACUGGGCUUCCAAUGGGGAGGAGGAACGGUGCAAUAUGUCCCUUUCCCAUUUCUUCAAACUGAAAAGUGCUUGUGGGGAACCUGCUUACACAAAUUAUGUUGGUGGUUUUCAUGGAUGCCUGGAUUAUAUUUUCAUUGACUUAAAUGCUCUAGAAGUGGAACAGGUGAUUCCAUUACCUAGUCAUGAAGAAGUUACCACCCACCAGGCCUUACCUAGUGUUUCCCACCCCUCUGAUCACAUAGCACUUGUAUGUGAUUUAAAAUGGAAAUAGAUUUGUUUAAUGUAAUUUAAGUCUGCUUUAAUAGGAAUUUAAUAUGAAUCAGAACUAUGUGUAACCUUCAAAGAGGAAAACUAGACCGACACCAAGGCAGAAUGUUAUUCUAGUUCUAGUGUCUUCAUUACACAACUGUUAAUAUUUGCAGUUUUUCCACUUUUCCUUUUUUUCCUGUGUUUGAAGGAAAAACAAAUAUAUUUAUAAUUCCCAGGAAGAACAUUGAAUUAUGUACAUUUUUAUAAGUACCUUUUUUUUAAGCUAGGAAUUCAGAAUUUUGUAAAAAAAAAAAUUUGAUCCUUUAAUUUUUCUAUCAUAACACAUUUCAGAUCAAAUCAUGUUUAUAUAAUUAGGGGGAAAUGCAUACCGGUUAAAGUGAGAAGCCAGUGUCUAACACAUGAAAGGAGUAACAUUAGAGUCUACCUCUACCUCAACUUGGUUAGCGAUUUAAUGCAACUUUAGAGCUUUAACAAUUAAAAUAUGCCAUCACCAAUUGUUACUGCUUCUCAUCUUUACUUUUUCAUAAGCCAUUUUCAUUGUUAUUUCUAGGAUUUUACUCCUUAGUGUAUGGUACAAAUGGACAUUUGUAUUCUUUAACUGUAGCUCAUUUGAACUUUUAGGAUGCAAGCACAAUUUAGUAUUCAAAGUAAAUAGAAACAUAAUCAACUUGAUCCUGUUUUCUUUAAUCUUGCCCAUGAAAAAUGUUCAUAAAUCAAUAGGGUAUUUGACCAUAUGAUAUUCCAGAGGACAGCAUAAUAGAUUACUUUAUGUGAAACUGCCCACUGAUGGGGCUUGACAUUUUGGGUGAACCAUUGAGCAUUUCUAUGUUGGAAGUAUUUUUGAAAUUGUUGGUUUUUAUAAAAAGGAGAAAGUUGGGCUUUUGAGCAUUUCUGAAAUAAACUUUUUCAUAGACUUGAGCAUUAUAAUUUGAGUUAUAGGAAAAUAUUGUAUAUAUAAUUUAUAUACUGUAAAAAGAAUUUAAAUAUGAAGCCAGACUUUAAAAUUAGAAAUUACAGUUUUACUGAUUAGUUUCUAGCCUAGGGUGGUAACGGCUCUUCUAACUCCAUUAUUACCAUACCUAAUUUGUAAUGCUUUAGCUGUUACUUUUUGAUGUUCAGGAUAACUAAUAUCUCAUAUUUCUGCAUUUAGUUUCUAUAGCUUAGAUAUUAAAAGCCCAUCUACAUGAAGAAGAGUUCUGAUUUUCCAGUCAUGAGAGCUUUUGUCCCAAAUUCUUUACUAAUCUCUAAACCCAGUACCAUAACAACUUUUGUCUUUUUGAUAAAGUAGGCUGUAUUUCAUAUUCCAUUCACUAUCCAAUGUAUUGUUAACUCUUAGCAAGUUUGAAAAUGAGUUUUACUUAGUUCAGUUUGAACCUUGAAGUACUUAAAAUACUGGAAGGGAAAAAUUAAAGUGGCAGUUUCUUGGGAUCUUAUUUAGAAAAAGCUAUAAAUGAAAAAUUGAUGCUACCAAAUUGUGCCUUCCUAAAUAACAUUUUUGACAGCAUUUUAUUUAACAUCAGUUUACAACUACAUGAAUAUAUUAAAGCCAGAAUCUUGAUUCUUUUGCAAAAUACAUAUUUUCUUCCUUUUUAAAAUGUGUUUUUUUUUGGUCUGCUUUCAAACAUGUUGACAGGACCUUAAAAUAACUUGAGAAAAAACAAAGUUGGUAAAAGCAAAAAGUUGAGAAACAUUUUGAAAGAAGAAAGUGUAACAUACUCAUACCCAUAAGGAAAACCUUCGGAUUCUGUAUUAGCACUAUGGCUAACUAGAUUGAACUCUGGUCAGAAGAACUACUCACAUUAAGCAUUCCAUGUCCUGAAUCUUUAAAUUUUAUAUUUACUAACUAAACAGUAUGAUCAGAUUAUAUACCAGCAUUUCAGAAUAGUACAAUGUAGUACAUUGUACAUUGUAUUGUACAUUGUACAAUAGUACAAUGAUAUUGUGAUUUGCCAUAAACUCUGAUCAUAUCUCCAGUAUACAGAAAUAUUAGUAUAAUUGGAGUCCAAAGGUGGGGAACACUAAGAAAAUUGAACAAAUAGGAUACCAGAAUUACCUUGUAUUCAUGAGUUAGAAUGAAAUGUUAUUCGGAAAUGUUUAUGUGCUUAAAGCCAUCUUUGUGAUUGAACUUUUCUUUUACAUUUGGAUUUUUAAAUGCAUUUAAUAAAGUGUGGAAAGUGUAGGA